CGAAUUCUUUUCAUUUAAUUUCGAUAAAUCGCGAUUAAUAAUUAGUAUUUCGUGUAUUAUCGUGUGCAAUUCGUUCGCAUUUUUCAUCGUUCUCGCGCUCAAUACUAAAAAUGUCGGACUACGCUUGUGUUUUCGAAUACUCUAAACGUAUACUGAAAAACGUAGCUUUCAUUCUGAUCCUGUUAUUCGACUGAAUGUGCCGCAAUUAAAACACCCGAGGAUGCUUUCAUCACAUUCGAAAUUCAAAACAAUCAAGGAUGAAUCAGUCUGCAACACAUCUAAGGUAUCAUCUACCUCGAACGUGAAUUCAUUAAGGAAACUGUUCGAAGGUAACUUCAAACUAAGUAAUCCGUUCAAAUCGAAGAAUAAAAACACCGGUUCAGUAUUCGGCGCAGAUAUCAAGCCUCAAAGCACCAACGAAGUGUUCACAUUUGGUAAAUCUACCAAAAAAUAUGAUAAUUUGUCAUCGAGUUCGAAGGAAAACCGAUGCAACGGCGAUAAUAAUACAUCCCAGCAGUCGAAAUCAGAUUCUACUAAUGGAAGUUAUCUGAAUUGUAAUAUACCGAAUUGCUGUUGUAAAACGUUCUUUCGCGAGUAUAACAAUACUCCUUUUAGGUAUCGUCAUAUACCUAAAACACCUCUGAAAGAACGUAGCUCCGAGUUCAAUCAAAUUAUUACACCGAAGUCUGGUUUAGAUGAGAGAUUGACCAGAUUGAGAAGCUCGAAUGGUAAUUUAGAUAACAGAAAUAAAUUCUAUAAUAUAAAUUAUCAGUUCUAUAAACCGAAGAACAUCGAAUCGAAUUUCAAGACUCUCGAAAGUACAGUGAAAAGUGUUCCUGAACCGAUCUCGAAACCUAGAGAUGAAGAAUAUCGUCCUAGUAACGUCAUAAAGAAGAUAAACGACAGUUACGACGAAGACUCGUUAAAUAUCGAUGUAAAAACCGAUAACGAACAAGUCAAACUAUUCCAGCACGACUCGAACAACCGUGAUAAUCAUCUCAAACCUGGUACGACGAACGAUAACGAUCAUAAAUAUAUCUCCGGUGGUAACUUUAAUCUCAAGUAUCGAGUACCUAAAUUCAAGAAUAUCGCUGUACGUGAGAAUUCUCAUCCUUACACCGUGAAAAAACAACGCCUCACUGUGAAAAGCGUCAAGAACAGGAACAUGAGGAACGUGAAAAGACGCCAACAAAUGCUAGACCGGUCACAGACAUUCAACGGGUAUGAUAACUUCGCAUAUAGGAGAAGUAUCACCGAACUGAACUUCCCUAAAAAUACUAUGCCUGUGGUUGAAACCGAACCCGAACCUUUGACUGCUCCUGAACCCAAAAGUAUUCCAGUUCCGAAGGAUACUUCUUCGGAUAAAGAACCGGUCAAUAUGUUUCGAGCUGAUAAUCGUAUCACUAGCUAUAACUGGCCGGUUACUAGCUUUUAUACCGAUAGUAAAACCGUAAACGAUGGCGAAUUUACUGCCAAAUAUUCGAGUACGAGUAACCUGAGCUAUAAAUCGGAUACAAAAUCGACGAGUAAUUUUAUCGCCAAGAAGAGUAAUUUGAAAAGGCAUUGUUCGUUGGGGUAUUUGCAAGAUGAGCUGUACGAGUAUAAUUUCACCAGACGGAGACGUUCGUUGGAUUUUACUGUCAAUAAAGUAUCGGCCACGUGUGGCAUACGAAACAUACCCGAAGUAAAUAAUAAAGUAGUUAAACAACAAAGGAAAUUCCAAAAUUUGGACAUACAUGCCCACGCUUUGUUCGCCGCCGUCGAGCAUGGUUACGUAGAGAAAACCAAGAGUAUUUUGGAAUCUUCCGAAGUUGACGUAAACAGCGUGAACAGCGAUGGGCUUUCUCCACUCGAUGUUGCGGUACUGAGUAAUAAUAAACCUUUGGUGAAGGUUUUAGUGACUUAUGGUGCUCAAGAAGGAAGAAAAUUUUACAGCGCAGAUGAUAUGCGUAAUCAUUUGUACCAUUUGCUGCACGAGGCCGAACGCCGAGUCCAAGAAUUGGGCAGCUCUUUGAGACUGAACAUCGAAUCAGAUGGAUCUUCGUUAUCGUCGUCUUCGAGUAAUAUUCCGUCCAUAACGGUGGGCGACAGCGGCAGCGGUGGUGGCAGUGGCAGUGGUGGAUCUCAGAAUAAAACGUACUCGAUAUGGGAACGUCGAGCCAAAGGACUGAAACGAAUGCUUAUGGGAUUCGAACAGAUAAGACCUCCCGAUCCUCCGGCUACAGUCAACGUUGAAGUGACCAGUGUUUCUUCGCUCAUGGUAUACUUUCAAGAAAGCGAGAGUAAAAAUUCAUCGGUUACUACUAAAUUUAGAGUACAAUGGAGCACUGAUAAGGAUUUCUGCUCGCUUUGCGGUCAUUACGAAGUCGCCGAUACCAGACAAAUGAGAUACCAUAUUAAUAACCUACGUAAAGGUCAAUCGUAUUACGUGAGAGUAGCCAGCGGUAAUAUAAAAGGAUACAGCGCGUAUAAAUUAUCAACUCCGUUAUUCAUCGUGCCAUCUAGUUGGCAAGAUGUCACCGAUAAAGAUAUCAGAUUUUCGUCCGGCAUGAAGGAAACGUUCGAUGAUGUUUUUGGUAACGUUGUAGUGCAGCAUCCGUAUUUGAAGAGUAACGUCGAGUUGUACGGACAAGGUGGAGAGUUGUUGGUGAAUCAGCAGCGUCGCAAGAAGACCACCAUUAAGCAAUUGUUUACCGCUGCGUCGAAAUUCCAAAAGCAUCUGAGGAGGGGAGUUUAUCUAUCAUGUUUGCUGUAUCACGAAGACAAAGUGUUGGUCACAAAUGAAGAUUUCUUGCCAGUCAUCGAAGUCGAUGAAACGUAUCCGAAAAAGAUACACAAUGACUUUCAUUGGUUUUUUAAGGUUGUGUUCAGUUGGAGUGAUUUAAAAUGGUUGAAAACCGAUAUGGAAAAAUCUCAGAAUAGUGGUGCGGUAUUUCGAAUCAAACUGUUGCAAGCGGCGGCUCAUAUGCAAACUGCCCUCAGUAUCCAAGAGUUGGGUAAAUUAUACCAUAAAUUAGUGAGAGAUGCCGAAGGAACGAUAGUUAUCUCUGUGAUAAAUUAUAUUCAUUCUCCGAAAUCCGUUUCCGUGUUAAAUUUAAGAUGGCUUCCGUUGGCAAAGCUGACAAAACGUACGAAUAUCGUUAAUGUAGCCGAAUCGAACGUGGCUGAUAUUUUAAUGUCGUCUAUACCGGAUCAAAUUACAUAUCAUCAAGUUAGCAGUAUCAAGCUGCCGAGAGGAUUAUAUUUGAGUUACCUUAAGAUGAGAAGUUCGGUGGAUUCUCUACAAGUCCUAGUUCCGUCCAGAGCGCCAAAUAUUCCGCCCCAUUGUAAAAUUAGAGACAAUCCUCACGUGACUGCUGAAGAAUGGGAAUGGUUGGUUAAAAAGGAAAACUUGAGGGAGAGUUUGACAAACGCUACUCACCAGCAAAGAUUAUUCAUUGAACAAAUCGCCGUUACCGCUAGAAGACUGUUUACUUAUAUGGAAGUGCCGGAAGAAGACGCAGCUAAUCAUAGAUUAUACGACGCCGAAGUAAUCGAAGUAAGCAAAGACGUCAGCUUAAUCAUGGUAGUGCCUCCGGUCGAGGCAGCUUGUUCAAUGCCUGGUCAACGCGAAUUAUUGCUUCAAAGAUCCGAUCUGCUUCCAUUAACCGUUCAAGUAUUCGAAAUGGUACACUUUGGCACCUAUCAAUUGGAUUUGAUCUCAACGUACUCUAGAUUGAGUUGUAUUAUUGAAAUGGAUAUAGAUUUAGCUCAGCAUAGUUUAAGAAAGGCUUUCAGCUCAUCAGAGCUCAGUUCAGCCAAGAGCAAGUUGAGCGAGCUGGAGAAUUUACACACGCAAUUGAACACGUCGUGGAAGCGAGGCCGAUGGUUGUUAGAUGCCAUAUCAUUCGCUCGAGACAGAUUAUCGCUUUCGCCAACUAAUAUGCGCCAUUUGCUAAACGUUCAUCCGAAACGUACCCUUCCUUCCAACGAAUCUCAUUGCUAUUUGCAACCACCCGAUCCUAAAACAGCCAAGUCACGAGGUAGCUGGCCUGGUGUCGGAGUCGGUCGUCAUCUUGGUCGGAUGCCCAACGAAAUAAGCCGCAGCGAACAACACUUGACCUGCGAUACUUUACAGAAUACUCAGCCCUCGAUGAAGCUGCCAACCAAACCUCCAUCUCCGGUCGAAGUUAUUGCUACGGAUAGCGAAAGUGGAAUUGACGUUGUAACAACGUCUCGAAGCGAAGACACGCUGACCAAAUUGACCGACGAUCAGACUGCACAGAAGUACGAUCAAAGCACACCAUUGACCGCAGAAAACAGCUCUUCGGGUAGUUUGCAUUCGGUGUCGUUGGACGAGUUACUCACACCACCUAAAGUAGCUGAUAUAGAGGAAGAAAAAGAUGACGAUGGGAUUCGAGUACCUGUUCCUAGUUCGGCGGUUCUACAAGUACACGCGGCGUACAACACCGGACUAGAUAAUCUGAACGUCAACUUUAAAUUCCAAGUGAACAGCAAAACAACGGCUCGCGAACUAGUCGAACUUUUCAUCAAGCAAACCAACAUGUCGGCUUUGCUGAAAGGUCGCGAGCCCGUCGUGUAUACCGAAGAAGACACGAGUAAUUUUUGCCUUGUUUCGGUGAUCGGUGCUCGCGAACGAUGCCUUAGAGACGAUUUCAAACCGGUUCAACUGCAGUCGCCUUGGAACUCGGGGAGACUCUACGUGCGACGUAAAAGCAACGUAUUAGCUGCCAUCGAAUGCGAUUCCAAACAAUCGUCGUCUUAUGUUUAGAUACCCUACUGUAUUACGUACAUUGAAAAUCUGCCUGUUGCCAUCCUAGUUCCCCUCUCCCCUUAUUACACUACCCUCUUCCUCGCGUAUUUUGUGCAUUUUACGUUUAUUUAUUAUAUAUUGUGUAUGUAAUGUAAUCGUUGUGUUCGACCGAAUAAUUUGUCUCAUCAUAUCUAUAUAAGAUAAUCGCCGCUGUCUGAAGAUGGUAUCAAUAGAAUAGGCUGCCAAGUGCCUGUGUGAAAGAUCGCGAUUCCCUCAAGCUCGCUCUAUCGCGAAGGUAAAUCGUCGAGAAACCUGAAUCAUAAAUGAGUAAAUCGGAUUCUGUAUAUUUCAGCGCGUUCGAUACCAUCGUACGUAGACCGAGACUGCGGUAAAAUUAACCUUUUUAUCUGUUUUUCAGCUCGCUUCGUCGAAAAUGGUCGACGUUUAUGUGCCCUUUACGUAUAUCGAUAUAGAAUUUUAUGGUUAUGCCAUCGAACAGUAGAAAAAUGUCGUCGAUAUUCGCGUCGUCGGUGUGUAUUUUUUCGCUAACGUCGUUGUCGUCGAUUGAUUAGCUACGUGGCAAUUUUUGCCAUCGACACCCCCGCUUCAGCUUCGGUGAGUUUUAAAUUGAGAUUUAUUAUCUACUCUUGCCCAGAAAAAUGUACCCGGCUCGAAAUUCACCUACAGUUUUCGUUAACGCCGGUGUAUUUACGAUUUUUUUUUUUACUGGUCCCAUUCCCCCCAUCCACUCUCCAAAGACCCUUAAGUUAUUCUAGCGACUGGAUUAUACGUAUAAUAUAGUUAUAGAUUAUUUUAAACAAUUGUAAUGUAUUUUACCAGUGUUAUGUAUAGUAUUUAUCAUACGUACGACCUUUUUUUUUUAGCCAUUUCAUUUAUAUAUUGAAUGUGUAUUUGAAAAAAAAAAAUUAAUUAAAAAAAAAACAAAGUUGAUAAAAUAAAAGAUGUUAUGAUUGAUGUUUUAAA